CCUUUAAUGCCAAAGCACUGGCAGCUGCCAGGUCGAUCACAGAGAUAGAGAAGUAAGAACACAGAAGUGGCUUUGAUCCUGCAAAGUUCUGAAUACUCUGGUCUGAUCCAGUAAAGUAUUUAAGCCUAUGCUUGAAGUUAAGUAUGUGGGAAGUCCUGUUAAAGUCAAUAAAACGUUGAGCAUGUGUUGAAGUGUUUUGCUAGAUCGGGCCAGAGUGCUUAGUACCUUGCAGGCUCAAGCCCACUUGCAGCAUCUGUGAAGGGUGGGGCUUUAAAGUUAGUUUCUUUUACUGCAGUCCAGGAGGUAGGAUCACCUUUGUUUCCUGUAAUUUACAACCUGGUUUGUUACAGUAAGUGCUGCAGUAGUCAGAAGGAAUGGAUUUGAAGCUAGUCGCUCUCUUUGCUGCUCUUGCAUUUGUGGUUGUCCAAACAUCUGAGGCUACUCUAUUUCCGGUAUCCUUUAACUGUUGCACGGAAGUAUCGCACUUUGUGCCCAGAAUACUUCUAAGAAAAGUUCUAAAAUUUGAAAUCCAGAAAGAUGAUGGAGUGUGCAACAUACCAGCUGUGAUCCUUUACGUAAAGCACAAGAAGUUAUGUGUAAGCUCACAUAAUAAAACCAUUAAGAAAUGGAUGAAAAGGAACAGAAUCAAAAAUCGUAGAAGAAAUGGAAAUCUUCAUUCUGGGAAGAAAAGGAACACCACAAGGAAAAAUCAAAUUGUGGUGAAACAGUAGUCUGCUGAAACAACACCCAGGAUGGAGUUACCUGUGAAUGCUGUAUUAUGGUCUCUGCAAAAGACAAAUGUUUGGUUAGGAAUUCACAUACAAUGACUGCUCAACAUUUUGCAAUUACAGCUUAAAAAUAGCUUUUCAAAUGUCUAAAUUCCCAGAGCAAGCAGUGACAGAUGUCAGUUAUACAUAUCCUUUACCACCUUUAAUAUACAUAUUGAAAAGAUCUUGUACUUUGGGAAUCAUCCUGGCCAGAUAAAGGCAAAAGUUGAUGCAUUAGGAAUGAUAAUAUCUUCCUGGCCACAUCUUGUGUUUUCCACUCCGCUUCAUCCUCUGAUAUCUCUGUAUUCUUCAAUACUUCUAAUUUCCGAUCCCCUCACCUGCCUUGGCUUUCAUAGUCAUCCUUCUCACUGUCUGACUGCUGCUUUAACAUCUUCUUAGGCAGUUUCUCCCCCUCCUCUGCUUAUCUUAGGGUCCUGUCUUUGGUACCCUCAUCUUCUCUACACCUUAUUCUCCUCCGCUUGCACAGAUUCAGCUACUAUUUUUGUGCUGCUGGCUCACAAAUUGACUUCUUCUCCUGUGACCUGCCUUCUCCUUCUCAGUUGCGGGGGAGGGAUAAUUCAGUGGUUUGAGCAUUGGUCUGCUAAACCCAGGGUUGUGAGUUCAAUUCUUGAGGGGGCCAUUUAGGGAUCUGCAGCAAAAAUUGGGGAUUGGUCCUGCUUUGAGCAGGGGCUUGGACUAGAUGACCUCCUGAGGUCCCUUCCAAUCCUGAUAUUCUAUGAUUCUAUCUGACAGUUUUUCUGACACGAUAUAUUCUGGAUGGCCUGCCACCAAUUCAAGUUCAAGAUGACCAAAAAUGACCUCUCUCUUUCCUUUCAAGCUCUCUUUGCUUCUAAACUUUCUUCAUUAUUGCUGGCAAAACCAUUUUCCUCCCUGCUCCUCAGGCUCAAAAUUAUGGGGUCCAAGAUUCUGCUGCAAAGAUCACGUCCAGUCUCAUUAUUCUUUGUUUGUAUCAUGUUAUUCCCCUCUUUAAAUGCUUCCCUCAGCCCCUUCCUACCUACUGUACCAAACUUCUCAUCCUUGCCAUCACAGGCCUGCACCUCAAAGCCUACACCUUUGAUCUUGUUCCUUUUGUCCCACCUCAUUAUUUUAGUAUUGCCAGUGAUAUCAGCCUUGCUACACACUACAUGUCCUUCCUCCCACUGCCAUCUUCCAUGCUGCCUCCUAAUGCGUGGACCAGCCUCCCAGACUCAAAUCACCAGGUCCUCUCCCUCCUCAUUCAAAACCCUCAUGAAGACUUACUACUUCCACACAACCUACAAAUACUAAGCCAUGUCAGUCACACAUACUUUCUGCCCCAACAUAAUAUGAGAGAAGAAAUAAUGAGUGAAGGAAGGUAGAGAUUUAAAAUCACAUAAAAGUGCAAUGUUGAUCAAGGUAUACCUAUAAUAAGCCUAAAUUACCAUAAUGUGUUGUAACUCUUUUCUCUCUUCUCCAGUUGUUUUUGUUCUCACUGCAGCACAUCUAAAAUUAGACUGUUAGUUCCCUGAGGGUAGGGACUGUGUAAAGAACAUAGUAGUUUUAGUUGUUUGUAUAAAUAACUGCAAACACAUGAUAAAGCAUGUAGGAUGGUAGAUACAAGAAGCAAGCAAGUCUCCCCAAAACAAAAUAAAAACUGCUGUGUUUAGUGGGGGCACUAAAUAACAACCCAGCUCCUUCAGCUGCUGACAUGCACAAUGAUGGAAGAAACUGAUUCACACCUGAAAUAGCAAUAAGUAAGAAAAAACUAAGGACUGGAUCCUCAGUUCAGUGCAGGUGGGGCAGCACAGAUGGAAACUCUAGGCCACCUUUACUCUUCCUCCAGUCCUCUAGGAAGAUGAGGGCUGAAUCCAACUCUGGCACUAUUUAGAGCAGCCCUAGCUCUAACCUAUGCCUGCUAGAAAAUGUUCUACUGGCCCAGGAUUGUUCUACAACCAUUGAUGCACCUGGAAAUGCUUCCCAUUGGAUACCUUCUACACCAAGGUCGGGGAGCAAGUGGAGUAAAGUUGGCAUAGUCAGCUUUACACCAGCUGAGAAUUCCACCAUGCUGGGGAAAUCCUCAGCUGUCCGAUUAAAGCCUUUGUACCACUGGAGAGGUGCCUCUGGAGGAUCCUUAUCAGAUGUGAGGAUCUGGCACUUACAAACUUUGAGCUUUGUUUAUCAAGACAGAAGGAACAAAAAGUUCUGGCUUAGUGAACCUUUAGCCAGGGUACAAAUAGUCACUGUGGGGCAGGUUUUGAAAGGUGUUUAGGUGCUUAAAAGAUGUAGAUAGGAGCCUAAUGGUCUUUUUAAAAAGCACAUAGAUGCUAAAUUCCCAGGAUUUCGAUGGGAGUUAGGCACCUACUGGGUUUUUCAGAAUUGCCUAUCUGACCCUUUUAAAUGGAACCCACAACACAGACCUAGGCCUGGGAAAAUGCCUCAGCCAUAGUAUGUACAUGAUUUGAAAAAGCUAUUUUUGCAAUAUGUUUUCAGCAUGUACAGUAUAUGCUAAAUAUAAUUAAAAUGCCAUUUUGAGACUACCAAAUACGGGAUAUGUUGUAAAUAUGAAUGACAUAACCAUAUAUGUUGUAAAUUAUAUUGUGUUAUACAGAUGUGAGCCUGAUGUGAUCUAAAGCAGAUUUGUUGCAUACAUUUUGCAUUACAUUGCAUGACUUGAAUAAAUAACUACAGGGCUGGCUUGAGGGAAGAUGGCAACCUGGGCAAACUUGUA